AUGGGGACGCAGAGUGUGGUGUACAGCCACAYGACAAAAGACAACACACAAACAGAUUUCACUCACGAAUGGUUGAACAUCAUACAGGAACCAUACAGGAGACCUCUCGAGAUCAAACCUGAGUUCAGAGUUUAUAAACAUGGCAGUUUGUCUGGCUACCGAGCGGUCAAUGUCACGCCUGACUUUGUUAUCUGCGUCAGUAAUAAACCCACUGCUCGGGGUCCCCCCAGGGUGUCGGAGAAGGUGACGCACCGUCAGAGCGUCCGAGCGGGUCGCACCGCUAAGCUGCYGUGCCCCGUGGAGGGCGACCCGCCUCCCCUGAUGAUGUGGACCAAAGAUGGACGCCACAUCCACAGCGGCUGGACGCGGUUCAGGGUGUUACAGAACGCUCUGCGCAUUAAGGAAGUGGAGACGGAAGACGCGGGCACUUACAUCUGUAAAGCCACCAACGGGUUCGGUAGCGUGAACGUCAACUACACACUGAUCGUCAUAGACGAUUCCAGUUCAAGACAUGGAGCAGGAACAGCAGCCACUGGUGACUCUGAGCAWGCUCCAGAGGUGGUCGGGAAACUGGUUCGUCCACGGUUCACCGAGCCAGCAAAGAUGAGGAAACGUGUCAUCGCUCGCCCGGUCGGCAGCUCCGUGCGCCUGAAGUGUGCAGCGAGCGGCAACCCUCGGCCCGACAUCGUCUGGCUGAAAGACAGCCGGCCGCUGGUCGAUGAGGAAAGCGUCGCCGGAGCAGAAAAGAAGAAGAGGUGGACUCUGAGUCUGAAGAACUUGACUCCGGAGCACAGCGGGAAAUACACCUGCCAUGUUUUUAACAAAGCAGGAGAGAUCAAUGCCACCUACAAAGUGGAAGUGAUACAGCGCACCAACUCUAAGCCCAUCCUAACUGGCACUCACCCCGUCAACACCACUGUGGACUAUGGAGGAACCACGUCCUUCCAGUGUAAGGUCCGCAGCGACGUCAAGCCCGUCAUCCAGUGGCUGAAGAGAGUCGAACCUGGCGACGAGAACAAAUUCAACUCCACCAUCGAGGUCGGAGACCAUCGCUUCGUCGUGCUGCCUACAGGAGAGGUUUGGUCGCGACCAGAUGGUUCCUACCUGAACAAGCUGCUCAUAACCAGAGCCAAGGAGGAUGAUGCUGGCAUGUACAUCUGCCUGGGAGCCAACACCAUGGGAUACAGCUUCAGGAGUGCCUACCUCACUGUGCUGCCAGACAAGAAGUCUCAACCCAGUACUGUCCCCGCACCAACRUCCCCAAGCCUCCCUUGGCCCGUGAUUAUUGGAAUACCAGCAGGCGUCGCCUUCAUCUUAGGCACUGCCCUUCUCUGGUUCUACCAGUCAAAACGCACCUGCUCCUCCUCCUCGUCCUCCUCGUCCUCCGCUAUCCCUGCCGCUCAGCGUCUACCUGUGGCCACUCGUGACCGGGCCUGCCCAGCGCUCCCCUCUCAAACGGCCAAUGGAGAUAAAGACUGUCUCUCCUACGAGGAGUACGUUGCCCAUCAGCAGCUGCUCCUGGCUCAGGGAGGGGCCGGGUUGGCUCCCAAGGCCUACCCGAAAAUCUACACGGACAUUCACACGCACACACAUUCACAUGUGGACGGGAAAGUGCACCAGCAUCAGCACAUUCACUUCCAGUGUUAGUGGCGAGGUGAGCAAGCAUUUCAUGGACACGUGCAGACCUGGUCAUGCAGUAACUCUUCAAGCCUUACGUAACGAACAAAAAAAAAACCUGCAAGAGGUGUUGCCAAUUCAUGAACACAAACUUUGGAUCAAGCGACUUCUGUUGCAGAUGCGUGUUGUUUGAAGAUGGACUUAUUCAAAAUGGAAGCGAUGAUGAAUGUGAAGUAAGAAGCCAACCCGAUGAGAUAUAUGGAAAAGUAAUCAUCAAAUAUGGUUUGUUCCUGGAUAUUUUAAAGAUUAUUUAAAAAGUGGACCUAAAAUACACCUCACAAUAUAUAUUCAUCGCAAAUUUUAAAGAGAAACAUUGCUCGUCUGCGGGAGUGAUUCUACCCAAUAUAUUCUUAUUUGACUUACAGGGGUUAGACAAUGAAAGUGAAACACCUGGUUUUAGACCAUUUCAUCCCUUUCAGACAGCUUCCUCUUGCAUCCAUAGUUAAUCCUGUUGGAUGUGGUUGGUCCUUCUUGGUKGUAUGCUGACAUUACUCUGGAUACUGUGGCUCUUGAUACAUCACAAAGACUUGCUGUCUUGGUCACAGAUGCACCAGCAAGACGUGCA